AUGGAAUUAGAUGAAUUAAAAAAAAAUGAGCUGAAAGCUCUUCCACUAAUGAGAACGAAAGCUGGACCGCGAGAUGGAGACUUAUGGAUUCAGAGGCUGAAAGAAGAAUAUGAAGGUUUAAUAGCGUUUAUAAAUAAGAACAAAGCUAAUGGUUCGGAUUGGUUUCGUUUGGAAAGUAACGGUGAUGGGACAAAGUGGUUUGGGAAAUGUUGGCAUUAUCAUAAUCAACUUAGAUAUGAGUUUGAUAUUGAAUUUGAUAUUCCUAUAACGUAUCCGACCACUGCACCGGAGAUUGCAUUACCUUCAUUAGAUGGUAAAACGGCUAAAAUGUACAGAGGAGGACGUAUUUGUUUAUCGGAUCAUUUCAAGCCUUUGUGGGCUCGAAAUGUACCUAAAUUUGGAAUUGCUCAAGCAUUUUCAUUAGGAUUGGGGCCGUGGUUAGCAGUUGAAGUGCCCGAUCUAGUUGCACGUGGCGUUAUACAACCUAAAACUGCAUGA